AUGGACCUGGGCGGCAGCCGACGCGAUGCAAAUCUCCCGUGGGAGAGCGACCUUACCGGGCGAGACAGGAUAACGAGAAGAGACGACGUGUGGGGCGGGCGGGGCGUGGGGGAGGAACCACAGUCAAACGACAGAGGAGGCGACUCUUCGUGGGGCAGUGUGGGGGGUAGUGGUGGCGCGCAGGAGAGAAAGGGAUGGAGUAGUUUCCUCCCAUCGUCGUUCUUCCAGCCGCGGAGGGCGGCGGAGACGGACUCUCUUCCUGCGGACGUGCGCGACCAGGCGAUCAAGGGCGUGGAGCAGGCGGGGAGGAGUGGCGCGCGGAGCAGCAGCAGCAGUGCGGGGGGCAGGGAGAAGGGCGUGCGGGUGACGGUGGGGGACGUGGCGGCGGCGAGCGGGCUGAAGGUGACCGAGGCGGAGAAGGCGCUCAAAGCACCCGCGGCUGACGCGGAGGGGUUCCUCGAGGUGUCAAACAAGGGUGACGUGGUGUACGUGCUGCCAUCCAAUCUCUCUGCAGCUGUCGCGCAGCGAUCGCUCUGGCUCAAGCUCAAGCCCUGGAUCGACAACGCCAAGUCAGCAGCGUCAUACGUGGUGCGAGUGGCGUUCGGCACGGCGCUCCUCGCGUCCAUCCUCAUCGUCUACACUGCCAUCUCCGUCCUCCUCUCCUCUCGAAGGUGCCCCGCCCGCCUUCCCCUGCCUCCCUACUCCACUCCCGUUCUCUCCUCGUCCCUCGUCCUCCUCGUCCCUGCCCCACACUCCUUUGCGCCAUCCCCCGUACACCACCCGCACUUACCCUACCCAUAUUCAAAUAUCCCCUGUGUGUGCUCUAUCUGUCCUCCUCGUCCCAUCCUUGCAUCCCUGUGUCUCGCUCCUUUCGCAGUGACUCGGACAGUCGGGACAGCAGGGGCGGGGGCGGUGGGCAACAUCCUCUACACCUUCCCGCUACUGCAGCGCACGGCCGGUGAUCUUGCAGGCAAGCAGCGCAAGCAGCCCAGCCCAGCGUUGGACCCCGUGCAGCAGACACGCUACUUCGCUGAGAACCUCUGGACCUUUAGUGAGGCUCCGGCAUGGAAGCGUACGCUAGCAGCAGGGCUAGGUGUGGUGAACGUGGUGGGGGUCGUCUGGCUCUCCUCCCUCCUCAGCGAUCCGGCAAUAGUGCGGGAGGCAGGAGUGGAGUUCGUUCAGCUUAUCUCCUCGCUCAUGCCAUGGUUGCAGGGCUAUGCAGCGGUGUUCGUCGCCAUCCCUGCAGUGCGCUACCUGUGGCUGCAGCUCGAGAUCGCUAAUAAGACUUCUGAAUUGACUCAAAAGUCACCUUCCAUCCUCCCUACCCCUCUCCCCCUCCGAACCCGCCUCCCCAUCCACCAGGGCUAUGCAACGGUGUUCUUUGCCAUCCCUGCAGUGCGCUACCUGUGGCUGCAGCGCGCCAAUGAGACCAUCGCCCUGCGCAACUCCCGCCGCCAGCAGAGCGCCUUGCAGCUCGCCCAGCCCAACGCUCAGCUCCGCCGCAAGCCCAACGCCCAGCUCCGCCACAAGGUGCGCAGGAGGGGGCGAGGUGGGCAGGAGAGUGGGAGGCCUCUGUUCAUGCCCUCUCCCUACACGGUGGUAAUCACGCUCUCGCUUCUUGUCCCCCCUGCCUCCCCUUACCAGUUGGCAUACGCACGGCAGCAGGCGCGCAGCACGGUGGUAUCAGAGGACAAGGUGAUCUACACCACGGCCAAGGACUUGGCAAACGCGCGGGAGCAGGCGCGCAGCAUGGUGGUAUCAGAGGACAAGGUGAUCUACACCACGGCCAAGGACGUGGCAGAGCAAGACCUGGAGGCCCGCGAGUGGGAGAGGAAGCUAGAGGGCCACUGA